CGACACGAGCGACGCAACUAGCUCUCGAACCUCCGCCGUCAACACAACCUCCACGGCGGAAAUCCAAUCGAAAUGUCUUCUAGAGGAGCGCCCCGGGGCCGCGGUGGCGGUGGUGGACGCGGAGGAGGGCGCGGCGGGUUUCAACAGCGUGACAUGGGACCUCCGGCUACGGUUCUAGAGAUGGGCAAGUUUAUCCAUGCCUGCGAGGGCGAGAUGGUUGUCGAGUCCACAAACCCAAAGAUCCCUCACUUCAAUGCGCCGAUCUACCUGGAAAACAAAACAGCAAUUGGCAAAGUCGACGAAGUUCUCGGCCCCAUAAACCAGGUCUACUUCACCAUCAAACCCUCAGAGGGCAUCCAAGCGACCUCAUUUAAGUACGGCGACAAGUUCUAUAUUGCUGGCGAGAAGCUCCUACCGCUCGAGCGGUUCCUUCCCAAGCCGAAGCCCCCUCCGGGCACUGUCACAAAGGUUAAGAAGCCCAGCCGUGGCGGCGCGGCCCGUGGUGGACGGGGAGGCUCCAGCGGUGGUUUCUCGCGCGGCGGAAGUAGGGGCGGCAGCAGAGGGGGCUUCGGAGGGUCACGAGGUGGGGGUGGCCGAGGGGGUGCGUCGAGGGGUGGCAGAGGUGGCUUCUCUCGAGGCGGUGGGCGAGGCGGUGGCCGGGGAAGGUCUUAAGGGAGCUAUAUGCAUCAUGUGUUUCCGGUGGCGAGGCUGGGUGGGGGCUAUGUAUCAUCAUUAUGCACCAUUGUGCCACCGGGCGAGGAUCAGCGUCCUCCUCAAGCGGUAUCAAGUCAGGCCGGGGAUGUCAUGGGGGCUUGGACUGGCUACAAAGGCGUUAUUGGAAGGGCUCUGGGUGUUCCGUUGUUGUAUUUAAUGUAAAAUCGGACCACAUCAUGGUUGUACAUAUCCAGGUGCAGCAGGAAGUCGAAUGUCGCUUGGGCACCGAAGUUGUUCAGUACU